CGUUGUUCGCUUCGAUUUCUCUCUCUCUCUCCUCUCCCUCUCUCUCUUUCUUUCUCUACUUCUCUCUCUCUCCCUCUCUCUCUCUCUCUACGUCUCUCUCUCUCAUGGCCAUUUUAGCAGAGAAUCAACAGCAAGAGAAGAAAACUUCUUCGGAGGUUUUGGCUGGAGAGAAAAAAAGAUGGACGCUGAACGACUUCGACAUCGGAAAACCCCUAGGGCGCGGAAAGUUUGGUCACGUUUAUCUGGCCAGAGAAAAAAGGAGUAAUCACAUUGUGGCACUAAAAGUCCUUUUUAAGAGCCAGCUGCAGCAGUCUCAAGUUGAACAUCAGCUUCGUCGGGAAGUUGAAAUACAGAGCCAUCUUCGGCAUCCGAAUAUUUUACGUCUCUAUGGCUACUUUUAUGAUCAGAAACGAGUUUAUUUGAUACUAGAAUAUGCAGCCAAAGGUGAACUGUACAAAGAAUUACAGAAGUGUAAAUACUUCAGCGAAAGGCGCGCGGCUACUUAUGUUGCAUCAUUGGCCCGGGCCCUCAUUUAUUGCCACGGAAAACAUGUAAUCCACAGAGAUAUAAAGCCAGAAAACCUUUUAAUUGGUGCACAGGGUGAACUCAAGAUAGCAGAUUUUGGGUGGUCAGUGCACACAUUUAACCGCAGGCGAACCAUGUGUGGGACAUUGGAUUAUCUUCCUCCCGAAAUGGUGGAAAGUGUAGAACACGACGCUAGCGUGGAUAUCUGGAGCCUUGGUGUCUUGUGCUAUGAGUUUCUCUAUGGGGUCCCUCCUUUCGAGGCCAAAGAACACUCAGACACGUAUAGAAGGAUUGUGCAAGUGGAUCUUAAGUUCCCUUCCAAGCCAAUUGUAUCUUCUGCUGCAAAGGACCUGAUUAGUCAGAUGCUCGUAAAGGAUUCUUCAGAGCGCUUGCCUCUUCACAAGCUUCUGGAACAUCCUUGGAUUGUUCAAAACGCUGAGCCCUCUGGAAUAUACAAGUAUUAAUUGCAUUGUAGAUAUCUCUGAAUAUGGGAGGUCCUUUCUAGCAGCUUCCUGAGCAAUCUGAAGCUCGAAUAUUUGAAUUCCAUAUAAUUCCUUGUAUGAAAUUUGAGUGAAAGAUGACUUGUAAGAGAGAA